AAAACUGUAAAUAUCAGAAUCAGAUGUUAGAAAUAAGUCCACAGAGAGGUGAUUAAAGUCUGAUCAAUACGUACAGUAUUUUGUUUUAAGAGUAGUUCAACUUCGUACAAGUUAACUGUGAACAAAAAGAUGGCCACGCAGGUUGCUGUACCAAAGGAGCGUUACAUACCGAAUGGAUUGAAAUUCGCGUUUGGAGGUCUUGCCGGAAUGGCAGCCACAUGUGUAGUACAACCACUAGACUUGAUUAAAACUCGAAUGCAGUUGAGUGGAGGCGGUCGGACUUCGUUUGCUGUAGCCGGAGAGAUUAUAGCAAGGGAGGGUUUCUUUUCAUUAUACGCUGGCCUGUCUGCAGGGCUCUUGAGACAGGCUACGUAUACGACAACACGUCUCGGGAUAUAUAACUGGUUGUUCGAUUCUUAUAGAGAGCGCAAUGCCGGGGCGGCUCCAGGCUUCGCUACCAAAACAUUCUUGGGUGUCACAGCCGGUUCAAUCGGUGCAUUUGUCGGUACACCCGCCGAGGUUGCUCUCAUUCGGAUGACAGCCGAUGGAAGAUUACCAGUCGAACAAAGAAGGAACUAUAAAAAUGUUUUGGACGCAUUGUUAAGGAUAGUCCGGGAAGAAGGAGUGCUAAAGCUCUGGCGAGGCGCCACCCCUACUGUUGGUAGAGCGAUGGUUGUGAACGCAGCACAACUCAGUACAUACUCCCAGGCAAGAGAAAUAUUCGUAGCGUACGUACCGGACGGUAUCUUCCUACACUUCUGUGCGUCAAUGGUGUCCGGACUGGUCACUACCAUCGCUUCGAUGCCGGUCGAUAUUAUUAAAACUAGAAUCCAGAACGCAGCCAAAGGUCAGUCCCAACUGGGCGUCGUGACCAACCUUCUUAAGAAUGAAGGUGUAUUUUCUCUAUGGAAGGGCUUCCUGCCCUACUACGCGCGCCUCGGCCCUCACACAGUACUGACAUUCAUAUUCCUGGAACAAAUGAACGCAGCCUACUUCAAAUACACGUAAACGUGUUAAGAAUUAACAAUUUUUUUUACAAAGGCACAAACAGACAGAACCACACGCAACACUGAGUGCCAAUUUUUUUUUAGCUCGCUUCCUACUUCAGUUUGCUGUUAUGUACAAAAUAGUAUUAGAUUUUAUUUAAUUCGUUUAUUUGCAAGUGAUAUGCCUGGUAGGUGUGGAAUUUAUUUAUUUAUUUAUAUAUUGAUUCACAUUUUCGCAAACCAAUAUAAAAUUUACAUUACAUUACAUGACAUAAUAUCAUAUAUAUAUAAAUAAUACAAGUUGCAUCAGUUGCAAGAGGCGGCCUUGUCGCUAAUAGAGCGAUCUCUUCCAGACAACCUUUUUGGAAUAUGUAAUACAAGUACGGCUUAUGAUUUAUAGCUCUCAACAUAUAAAUU